CUGGACCCAGUGGCAUACAGGGAUCACCUGGUCAUCCAGGCCUCCCAGGGCUAGAGGGCAGGACAGGGAAGCCAGGCCCUUCAGGAAGCCAGGGGUCUCUGGGGCCACAGGGGUCAGCCGGGCCCAUCGGGUUUCCAGGCACUCCUGGGAUGGAUGGAGUGAUGGGGCAGGUUGGAGAAAAAGGAGAGCAGGGAGCAGCGGGGCCUGUUGGGGACAGUGGGCCAUCUGGACUGGACGGACAGCAGGGUCCCCCAGGAACAGUUGGUGAGGAGGGGCUGUCUGGGAAAAAGGGGGAACAGGGUGCUCCAGGUCCCUUUGGAAAGCCAGGGCCCAAGGGACUCCAGGGAGAGCCAGGGCCACAGGGCUCCCCGGGGCUGCAGGGGGAGCCUGGGCCAAGGGGCAAAGAGGGAGAGAUGGGAGGUUUCGGCAACAGAGGAGAUCCUGGUCCUAAAGGACUAAAGGGGGCAAUAGGACCUCGUGGAUUCCCAGGGUUAGAGGGGCCCUCAGGAGUUCUUGGGGACAAUGGGAAAAGAGGAGUGAAAGGAAGGAAGGGCCACGUAGGACUACGAGUGAGUGACUAA